UGAGCUUAAGGAGCUGUCAUCAUAAAGAUCAUAAGUCAUAACAUUGUAGAAAAAAUUAUCAUUAAAGCUAAUAUUUUGGCUUUAUAAACCUGAAAUUUUGUUUUAGGGUUUUGUAGGAGUGAAUAUAUAACAUUUUCGUGUGAUGUUUCCUCAUUUACCAAACUAGUCAAUGGAUGCAUUUAGUUGGUAUGCAGCAGAAACGAUUCCACACCAGAAAACCUGCAUGACCAAGUCUGUGCCGCUGUGCAGUCUCGCCAACCUUCAGCUCAGGUUCUUAUGCCCAGCUGAUCUACCCGAGGUUCGUAAACUCUGUCAAGACUGGUUCCCUAUAGACUACCCAUACACUUGGUAUGAGGACAUCACCUCUAACCCUCGGUUCUACUCUCUCGCUGCAGUCUACGAGGGAAUUAUCAUCGGUCUUAUUGUUGCUGAGAUCAAAUCUUACUUCAAACUUAACAGUGAGGACAAGGACAUCCUCGCGUCAUCGUUCGGCCGGUCGUGCUGUGUAGGCUACAUCCUCAGUCUGGGAGUGAGUGAGAAGCAUCGCAGGAAUGGCAUUGCGUCUCUACUGCUAGAGAACCUGGUGUCUCAUCUCACGGCACCGGAGAACUGUGACUGUAAGGCCAUAUUCCUGCAUGUGCUCACUGCCAACUCCACUGCUAUACACUUCUACGAGCACAGACACUUCAGGUUACAUUCCUUUCUACCUUACUAUUACUCCAUAAAAGGUAAGAGCAAAGAUGGAUUCACAUACGUCCUUUACAUCAAUGGAGGUCAUCCACCUUGGGGCUUUUAUGACUACAUCAAGUACGGCUGUAGCCUGGUAUACCAGGUUGACGUUUGCGCCUGGGUACAGUCCCGUGUGCGCGCCGCCCUGGCGUGGUUGUGGCCCGGCGUCCGCCGCAUUGUGGUAGAGAACACAACGGCACUGCUCUCCCAUUGAAUCAGCGUAGACAUGUUCUCAUCUUGUUUCUUAUAAGUAUUAUUUUUUUAUCUUAUGUCUAUUUUACAUCGGUAAGGCUAUGUUCGAUUUUAUUUAUUUAACUAGUGUAUGUCUUUGUGUUUUGCUCAACUGGAUUUAAGUUACUGCAUGAAAGUAUAGUUUUGGUUAAGUAUUCAGUUUUCACGGAAUCGUGAUUUUUGAAAAACUGAUUUCAAAAUUCUUCAAAACCAAGACUUACAAAACAAAGAUUUGAGUAACUUUCUUAUUAGUUGUGUUAUUCAUCUAAUAGAUUAAUAGGUCUUUCACAGUCAAAACCUUGAAAAAAAUAUUUUAUUUAAAUAAACAAAAGUCAAGAAUAUUUGUAAAUGUAUGUAUUUGUACCAAAGGUAAUGUUUUUCACCCAAAGGAUUAUCUCUGAUAUUUACGGGACAGUUGUGCUUACAUUUUCACAAAUAUCACAUAAUUAUCAAGCUAUUGAUAUUCACAUUUUUUUCCAACCAAAGACAUGACAUAAUAUUUUUUACUAAUUGAACCAUUGUUGGCACAAAAGAGUGCUUUCUACAUUUAAAAAAUUAAUUGUUAAAUGAAUGGUUAACAGGUUUUAGUUAAGUAUUUAACUGUAAAAUGUGUUUAUAGAAGUUGUAAGGUAUUGAACAAAUUGUACUAUUAAAUUUAAUAUAUUUAUAGUAUUAUUAAGUUAAAGGUUUGUACAUUAAGUAUGCCCAUAGGUACACGUUUGUGAAUCCAUCCAAAGUCUAUGUUUAGGAAAAACCUGGGUGACGUUAUGUUAAAAAAAUUGCAGAUUCUUACAGUUAUAUGGCCCAAGAUACAGCACUUUUGUAAUACAGUCUGAUCUACCUUAGUUAGAGCCUAAAAUGGAUAGUUUUCUAGUGUCAUUUUUACUUGGAAAUCAUUAACUUCCAAAACUAAUUGAUUGACUUUAACCCAUUGACAUAUUUAAACUGCACUACCUGUUUACACACAGAAAUUCCAAUUUUCUUGGCUCUUUUAGUGACUUACAAAAAUAACUACAACUUCAUUUUUCAUUAUUUGUUUGUCUUAAAUUACUAUCUUCUUCCUCAGAAAGGUUGGAAGACAAUUCACAAUCAUCUAUACACCAAUUUAUUUUAAUACUUCUUUGUAAAUAAGACAGUCGUGACAUUUGGACACAAAACAAACCCCAAAACACUCUUGAUUACUAAAAUUUUGAGUUUUUUCCAAAAUAGGUUAGGCAACCAAAGAAACUAAAAAUACAGACUCAAAAGUAACUUUGGAGCCUGAUUAGAAUCUACCUUGUCACUGGUUCAAAAAGUAAGUGUCAAUCAUACUUUUGUAAUACAAACAAAAUUUAGGGUAACCACUAACCAGUUCAUCUUCAAGCUUCCCACUAUUAGAGUACUGUACAAACAAGGUUGGCUGUUGUAUUUGACAUGCUUCUUUGAUUAUUGACGGAGACUGCAAUAUAUUAAUGUAAUUCACAGUAAACAUGUUAAGGUCUGUUCUAAUUUCAAGAUCAACGUCUCAACCAACAAUUAUUUAAACGGCCAGUUAUUUACUGGAUCACAACUGUGGGUACAUUAACUAGUUUUGGAUCAAUUUUCUUGAUGAAUAUUGAAGUCGAUGUUUUCUGAUAGAUUAAGUACUGUUAGGAAACACAACAUCAUCAGAAACCAUGUGGAUACAAUAUAACCAGAAUUUUACUGCUAGUUACAGUAAUUAACCAGAUGAAAAGUGGUCAUUCACUAGAAUCCAUAUUUAAACGAUCCUGAAAUGGUUAUUUAAAUUAUUUACAGGGUGACCAGCUUCGUCACGAGAAUAUUGAAUAGGUUAUUAGGUAAAGAGGAGGGAGGUUAAUAAAAUUUAAAUGUUAAAUAAUAAUAAUGUUGUCAUUCACUCUUGCAUUGAUUUUUUUUGUGAUAAAUUGUACUUUUCAACACACUGUUUCAACAUCAGUAUUACCAUUAGAAAGGAAGUACAGGGAGAUAAUUAAACUAUUCUCCACACUUACACUUGAGUUAAUAGCCUACUUUCCCAUGUAGGAUACAAGGAACAGCUCAAGCUUAAACUGUCAUUCACUGGUGUGCACACCAUACACUCAUUAUUUUGGAGUCCUAGGGUUUUUAAAGGUUUGCAUGUUGGCAAAUAAAUCAAAGAAAAUAUUUCUGGUGUUCAAAAACAGUUGUUCAUUGGGUUUCCGUUGAUGAUCAGGAGUGCACGCGCCGCUAUGCACAUCUGAUAUUGUUUUAGACAUUUGACAUUUUACUAGAACAUUAUUUUAUUUUCAACUAAUGUUUGAAAAUGUUGUGUAUGUAUUAAGUUGAUAACAAACUCUCAAUGUUGCAACCUUUUUAAUAAAGAGAUAAGAAAAUUUUUUUCUCUGUUCAUAGUUUUUAAUUUUAAUAAAAAAAACGCUCCAAGUAGACCAAAGUCAACGACUUAAAAUGUACAAUAUUAUUAAGCUAAUACUUAAUAAGUUGACCAGUUAACAUAGGUACUCAAUAAUCUAACAAUAUUAAUAUAAUUUUGUUGUAUAGGCUAGAAGUUACCAAAUAAUUUAAUUUUAGUCAGUCUGUGAAGUUUUUUACUCUUAUUGGAAACACUUUUUGAUACAUUAUUACUAUGUUUGAUAUGAUAUUGGGCUUUAUCUUUCAAAAAUAUACUAUGUUAAAAAAUAGUUUGAAUAAUUGUAAAUUAUUAAUAGAGUUUAAUGUUUUCAUUAAGUAAUAUUCCUCUUAUCAAACGUAAAAAAAUCAAACAUCUCACUAACAACACUUUUUAGUCAUGAGUAAUCUAUGAAGAAGUGAGUGAUCUAUGAUAAAUAUUUUUUUGUAAUUCUAGUGUUAACUUUUUUUAUAUUGUAUACGAAGUAAUCACACAAAAAUUGUUUCCAGAAUUUAUUAAUUGUUUGGUAAGAUUCUAAUUUAAAUUAUCUUUCUAAAAGGUAUUUUAUAAAGUAUUUCUUGUUGCAGGGUUUUAUUAGUUUUCAUAGUAAUAUUUUAUUAAUCGAAGCUUUUACCUACAAUAUUCAGAUAAUGUCAACUAACACUAACUCCAUCAAAAGUAAUCUGAAAACUGGUAAUAAACUUUAAAUAUUUAUA